GCAGACAAUCAUGCCUGGUCUCGCCGACACCCUAUACAACACCAUCUUCAGGCGCAACUCCGUCUUCGUCGCCAGCAUCUUCAUAGGCGCAUUCGGCUUCGGCCUCGCAUUCGACACCGCCUCAAACAGGUUCUGGGACUAUCAUAACCGCGGUAAACAAUGGAAGGAUAUUCGGGACAAGUAUGCCACUCCUGCUGAGGGAGAGUGAGCCUUCCGUGUCACCCUGCGAUGGUAGGAAGAGGGCGGCUGAGGCUUGUCAAAGAAGGGAAGAGGGCAUAGAAAACGCGUACUAUACCGUGCACGGAGCACCGUCGCUCCAAAACCGAAAUGGCAUAAUCCUUUGCCCAUCCUUUG